AUGCAGAUUCAUGAGGAUCUUGGUACGUUGAUGAAAAAGUUAAAAGAUUUAGGGUUCAAUGAAACUGAAAAAGUGAAAGAUGAGUCUGAUGAAGAUGAGGUGGAGAUCCGGUUGAUUUUGAUUGUUUGGAAGCUAGGGCUUGGUUCACUAAUUACCAGCAGUUCUAGAAGUGAAUAUGGUUCCAUUGUAGGGUUUCUAACAAGAUUUCAGGGUCCGAUUUGUAGCUUACAAAGCUUGGGAUUGGAGCUAUUCAUUGUGCGAUACUACAUUUUGGCUGUUAAAUCUUCUCUGGGACAAAACAUAAUUUCAAGGUUUCAAGUGUGGGAUCUUCUCUUCCUCCACUGGAUUCUUGAUGAUAUUGAUGUUAAAGCAAUAAGGGGGAAAGAUACCUAUAGAGUAUUAUUAGGUAAAACGAAAGAGAUAGAUAUGCAACAGAUGUUGAUUAUGAGUAAUGAAAGAGAGUGA